GCCCAAGAGACUCGUUGUCAGCUGGUCGCUGCUCGCGAGCGCUUGAUUGAGUUGGGACGUGAAGCACGAGUCCAGAAGGCGCAAAACGAUGUCCAGGUCGGCCACGGCAUUCCCGCUGCCCAUGAUUUCUUUUCGCAAAGACCGCCGUCUGCUGAGGUCGGCCGGCUGGAGCGUGCUCUGAAAGAACGCAACGGCAUUGAAACAGAGCGACGACGAGCAGAGUCGAAGCUGAAAGUCCUGGAGACCCAGCGAGACGUAGACAUUCAGACACUUCAAGAUCACCAAGAGGAAAUCCGUGGAUUAAAGCUGCAGCUGUCGGCCAGGGUCGAACAGGAGACUGUCGUGCAGAGUGCACAUACCAAGCCGAACAAAGAGUCCAGCACCGGUGUGGCUGUUUGGCAGAAAGCCAGAGUCUUCGAGGAAAGGAUCCAUGGAAAAAGUGAGGCGAAGCAGGCCACCAAGACGAACCCGGAGGACCCGAAGAGUUGUGACGGCAAUCGUGACGACCACAAUGACUGCGGGUUCAUCGUGCGGGAAUGCAGAGCGUCGCCGCGAAGCCCCAAUUCCCAAAUGCGGGAGAAGCUGGCGAAGGCAGUUGAAGCUUCGCUUCUUGACUCGAGGGAGGGAUUUUCGUUCUCCGCAGGCGAGGAGCAGAGUCGAGAGGCUCACAGAGGCGAGGAUCAGGGUGACGGCGGUGGCGGCUGCAAUGGGUGCACGUUUCAUCUUCCUGCGCGCCCGCCUCUGAGGCGAAGGAUGCGGAACCGGAGACCGAGCCAAAGCCUGAAGCUUGGACAUGGCAGGGAGGAGCCCAAAAUCUUUUGGGCCUUGGGCCUUGCGGCGGUUGCGGGAGGCUUUGUUGUGAGCAGCCUCGGGAGGGCCACGCGGAAGGCCAGGGCUGCUUGGGGUCUUUGGAGCUAG